AUGCAGUCAAUUGCAGAUAUUAUGCCGGAGUUAAAUAUAAGUCCGAGUACGGUGAAUCUGGGACUUGUGCUGUUUGGCACCACUAUAACGGAAAUAAUUCCUUUGAGUACUAAUGCUACUGCGUUAUCGACCACCAUAGCUGCCAUUGAUUACCCGGAUAGUAGAACAAGGACAGAUCUAGGUAUAGUUCAAGCUCAUGAUAUGUUCGAUACAACUGGUCGCCCCAAUGUUCCGCAACAUCUUGUAGUUAUUACUGAUGGUGCUUCUGCUGAACGCAGGUUAACAAAGGUAGCUGUCGCUGCGGCUAAAAGUGAUAAUAUCACUAUGCAUGCUAUGGGCGUUGGAAGCGGAAUAAAUACAGAUGAAUUAAACCUAAUUGCAACCAACUCCUCUUACCUGACUAUUGCUCCUACGUUUGAAGAUUUAAAAAUAACACUAAAGGAAAUGGUCAUAGCUCUUUGUGGUUGA